GUAAGCAUCUGCAUCUGCUGGAAGACAUAUAAUAGCUAAUAAAAAUAAAAUAAAUAAAAAAUAAGAAGAAAAAUAAAAAAUUAAUAAUAAGAGAGAAGUUUAUAUUAGUAUUGACUGUAGAUCUGGGAUCUAGGGACUUAAGUUGAGCACAGUGUGUUGGCAUUCGUCAGUUUUAGUUGGGACUUGACUUGAAAAGUUUAAGAAACAAGACGCAGGUCGUUCACACAUUUUAUUUUUUAACUUAUAAAGUCUUAGCCUACAGCACUGAAUUAUUCGGAGAAGGUGGUGGUACGCACAACACACAACAGUUACAGCGCUGAGCCUAAAAGCAAACAAAAUAAAAAAAAUAAUUCUUUUUUACUCUACUCUACUCAAAAUUCUCCAAGCUCCGCUGCUGGACCACGCGACAGUAAACACAAUGGGUUUUAACAGCGUCGCUAAAUUAUUACCAUUCUAUUAGUUUUAUUGAUCAAAAUCAAUAAUAGUAAUCAUCAUCGAUUAUUUUUUACGCUGGAUAAAAUUACUUGUGCGCAGAAAAUGAUCAAAAUUUUAAACUAUGUGAUGGAAAAAUAAAUAUUGUUUUUUGUCGGAUUUAAUUGGAUUAGACUCUUUUGUAUGAAGAAGUUAGUACUUUUAAAAUGAAGAAUGUAUUGACAAAAGAUACGACGAUAAGGAUUGGUGAUAUCGUUGAAAAGUCAUCAAUGGGAAAAGUUAUUGAGUGUAAUGUCAACAUGAAUGUCUCUGUUUCAAGUAACAAGAAGACUAUUGCUUAUAGAAGAAUACAAAAUUUUUUUACGGUCCUGAUUAUUUUUACUUUUGUUAUUGUUUACUUGCAACUUAAACGCGACGUUCGUGUGUUGGAAGCUCAGAUAAAUUCCAUGAGCAGAAAUUUUGCGAUACUGACAUUAAAAUACGAAAGAUUGAAUAGAAAUAUAAACAAUAUUAAUUUACGACAAUAUACGACUCCAAUAAUACGACAAAAAUCAAUAAAUAUUAAAGAAUUACCAAGUACAAAUACAAUUGCAGAUAAAAAUAAAAUUGAUGAUGAUGAAAAUGAUAAUAUAACAAAACAAAGAUUCGUAAGAUCAAUAGAAAUGUUAAAUGAAUACAAUGGGACUGAUAAAAUGCCAAUGAUUAUUGAUAAAAAUCAAAAUGAUACGAAUUUAUGGAGUGAUUCACGUGCAGGAAGAUCCCGUAGGGAUGACGGACGAGGUAAACAGCGAAGAAAGUUCAAAAGGAGGCUAAAACGCAGUCGCAGGCGAUUGGGACCACUGGUGGCAACAUUUGUUGGUGCUGUACCUGAGCAACACGUUACUGAUACAGUUUACAUUGGCCCUUGGGUUAAACGGAAUGAAUCGCGUUAUGGAUUUAACAAAUUUCAUUUGGUUGAAGAUAAACGGUCUAUUGAAGUCACAGUUAAUGGAUUAUUUAUGAUUUCAGCUCAGAUUUAUUAUUACGGCGAGCCAUCACAUUAUUCAUAUUGGAUAUUACUAACUUCUGAAGGCACAUCAUUGACAAGGAAAAUAAUAAAAUGCGCGACAGUAUCAGCAGUUACAGCAACUGAAGCAUCUUGUUAUACCAGCGUUAUUCUUCCUUUACGGCGUGGUGACAGACUGCAUAUACAACAACAAGAACGUGACAGGCUCAUUAAUUUACGAGAAGGACAUAGUUAUAUACAAUUGAUGUUACUGUCAAGUGAUCAGCAGAAACGACGAGCAAGUACUUAAAAAAAUUUAAUUAAUCAACUAGUCGUUUGCUUUUAUUGAUGAUUAUUAUUAAUAUUAUAUCAAAGCUAAGGUACUUUGUGGUUACCAAACAUGCUCACUUUUACAAAUGUUAAAA